AUGUCUGUCAGAGCACUCGUCAGCACCACUGCACGCACCGUUGCUCGCACCCGCAUCGCUCCCCAAGCUACUCGUUACACUCCUGUCUCUGCUGCGCUCGCUACCCGCGCCUUUACUCAGCCCCAACGAACUUUCUCCUCCACACCGCGCAUCAUGGCUGACGGAAACAUGAAGUGUAUCCUGAUCAAGGAUGGAAAGGGCCCUGUUGAGAACCUCUACAUGGGCGAGGAGCCCGUUCCUCAGCCCAAGGAGGGCGAGAUCCAGGUUGAGAUCAAGGCUUUCGGUCUUAACCGCAUGGACAUUGUCCAGCGCGAGGGCAGGUACCCUCUCCCCCCUCAGGCUUCAAAGACUAUUCUUGGUGUCGAGUUCUCUGGAACCGUUACCAAGGUCGGAGACAAGGCCACCAAGUAUAAGGUCGGCGACGCCGUCUUCGGUCUCACCUAUGGCUACAUCUGUGCCAACGAGCGCAUGUGUCUCCCCAAGCCUGACAACCUCUCUUGGGUUCAGGCUGCGGCUAUCCCCGAGAACUGGCUCACCGCCUACCAGGCCGUUUUCCUCGAGGGCAACAUGAAGAAGGGCGCCAACGUCCUCGUUCACGCCGGCGCCUCUGGUGUCGGAGUCGCUGCUAUCCAGCUUGCUCUCGACGUUGGCGAGGCCACCAAGGUCUACGCGACUUGCGGUACCAACGAGAAGGUCAAGUUCCUGAACGAUGAGAUCGCCAAGGGCGACAAGCGCUUCAAGGCCAUCAACUACCGCACGCAGAACUUCGCUGAGGUUAUCAAGGAGGACAACGCUGGCGUCGACCUCGUUAUCGACUUUGUUGGCAAGAACUACUUCAACCAGAACAUUGAGGCGCUGAACCGCGACGGUACCGUCGUUUACCUCGCCUUCCUCUCCGGACCUGUCUUCGACAAGGCCAACUUCGGCCCCGUCCUCUACAAGCGCCUCACACUCAAGGGCUCGACCCUCCGCUCCCGCGACCUCGAGUACCAGUCCAACCUUCUCGGCCAGUUCGAGAAGAAUGCGCUCCCCAAGAUCUUGGACGGGAAGAUGGUCAUCGCCGUCCACGAGGUAUUCCCCUGGAACGAGGUUCAGAAAGCUCAGAAGGAGAUGCAGGACAACAAGAACUCGGGCAAGGUGAGUAUUGGAGGUCGCCGAGGCGUAGGCUAA